AUGCUUACCUCCUUUGCUGGUUUAGUUUGCUUUUCGUGCUGCGCCGCACAGGUGGGACAGUCGGACCAGCAAGAACUUGAACUAGAGAUCUUCGAAAUCGAAACCGAACUGGCGAGACUCCGCGAAGCCGGUGGCGGAUACCGACGGGAGGUAUGUGAUGAUCCCCAGGCUGGCUUCGGCUACGCACUUGACGUGCAGCGCGGUGAGUUGGUAUGUCGGCUGAAGAAGACGAGCACCUACUUCGACCGGAACCAAAGCCUGUUGUGGUUCGACAGUUUCUCAGUGCUUCCCACCCUCAACUUGGCCCUCCCGCUGGUUUGGGGAGAGGCCAAGAAGAAAAUAGCCGUUCUUAAGGGAUGGGUGAGGGUGACAGACAUUACUUCAAUGGAAAAUGCCCUCAGUAUUACUCAAGACAAUGCGACAGGUGGCUCUGCGGCCGACAAUGCAACAGAGACCCGACUACAGCGCGUGCAUCAACCAGCAAGCAGUAUCGCUUCAGGCGCGUCUACAGUGGCUACAGCUGGCUAUCCGCCGCCAGCAGUGUUGAUUGCACCUCCUAUGCACCGCUGGAUGGAAGAAGUGGUGGUUGCGCACGUUUACGUCUUGACAGCGCGAAACCUGCAAAAUGUAGACGCAAUAGGAAUGAGCGAUCCAUACUUAAAACUGCAGCUCGGACAGCAGGUUGUUGUCUCUGACCGAGUGUUUGACGGCAACUGCAAUCCGAAUUUCUACGAGCACUUUGUCUUCCGCGUGCUGAUACCUGGACCUGCCGUUCUGAAGAUAAUUGUCAUGGACAAAGGGGAUGUGCUGCAGAGCGAUUCUCCACUAGGAACAGUUUCUGUCGACCUAGAAGAGCGCCCUGUGGUUGGACCGGGAAAAAAGACAUACGUCCCGCCUCUGCACUAUUUUCCGAUUGAGUUUCAGUCUCUCCAGACAGGGGAAGGUGACGGAGAGCUUGGCUUAUCACAGGGCACUCUUCGGUACUUUAUAGACUUGCACGGCGAGACGGAUCCGUAUGAAGAGCUCUCCAUUGCCCACUUGGGCACUGAGGAGGAAUUUGAGUUGCGGUUCAUCGUCUGGAAUGUGGAGAACAUAAACGUGUUCAAAGGAUCUUCGGGGGAGCGUAACGAUCUAAAAGUUCGAGUUGAACUGUUUAUGACGGACUUCGAAUUGGCAGAUUUGUAUGAGAGUUUCGACACGGAUGUCCAUUUCUUCUCAAAGCGUACGGCAACGUUUAACUGGCGUAUUCUGAAACGGGUCAAACUACCCCUGGCUUCUCUGAACGUCAAGCUGACUCUCGUGGAUAUCAACGCCCCUGCAGCUGACAACGCCCUCUACAAUCCAGAGACGCUUAGUCUCGACUCAAUGGCACUAACUGCUAUUACUCGGUAUCGCCAAGACCAAAAGGCGAUUGGACCCGUUGACUUCGACGUUAUAUUCCACGAACCACUGGGGGCCGGCAUGCUCCUUUCUGGCCCCACGACGCUUCACUGCACCGUCGCGCUGCUUCACAAGAAGGAAGCGGAUGCCCAGCCAGUGGGACCGGGUCGAGCUGCGCCGGAGCCCCUGGCGGAACCUACAGACCGCCCGUCACCCAACAUGAUGUUGACUGAUCCCGUGGGCUAUUUAACAUUAGUUAUUGGGAAGCAGACGUGCGCCCUUAUACAGGCAACCUCACUCGGGUGCUGCAUGCUUACAGUCCUCCUGCUUAUCGUUCUGAUCGCGGCUAUCAUCAUUAUUGCGGUUCGCAUUUGA